CAUCCCCAAAACCCACGCACGCUCUUUUUACUUUAGGAAAAUCAUACCAACGGAGCCGGCAUCUGCGAUUGACACAGCGACUUGAUUAUUAGCAAAGCGAUCUCAUCAAGCGACUCACGACUGACGAAAUAUCGGACGGUUCAACUCUUGCCGACCCCAGACGAGGCUGAAUUAUUCUUCCGCACCUCCGGCUAUAAAGAACUCGUGCCGAUUUCUACCCUUUUUCCGGGCGUUGCACUUCCCUUUUUGACCGUGGGUCACAGUUACUGCAGCUAUCUCGACUACGACUACAUCGAUUUCAAGACCCGCCUGCCCUGAAACACGAACAAGGCCAGAGGCAAAGAGUCCUGAAUACAUAGUUUGCGGGGAAAGGAUAUCGAGAUGGCGGGCCCAGAGGUGAAUAUUGACCGCGGGAAGUCGUUGUUGCUGAAGGACCAAGGGAACAAAUGUUUCCAAGCUGGUGAUUAUGCUGGUGCUGAGGCGUUGUACACAAAGGCAAUCAACCAUGACCCGACAAACCCUCUCCUCUACACGAACCGCGCCAUGUCCCUACUUUCUCUUUCCAAGAAAGGGUCCUCGGAGCCCCAAGACCCCUCCGCCAUUCCCGUCCUCACCCCUAUCCAAAUCGAGAACUACGAGAAAGUAAUUGCCGACUCCCUCUCUUCCAUUCGCCUGCAUGCCGAAAAUAUGAAAGCAUAUUAUUUCCUCGCGCAAGCACAGAUCGCUCUUCACCGGCCGAGCGAGGCCCUGGCGUCAGCAAAAGAAGCGCACCGGCUUUGCGUAGAAGAGAUCCAUAAGGGUGGGAAAGGAGCAAGCAGUAUAGGACCGAUCACGGAACUAGUCUUGAGAUGUAAGAAAGAGGCUUGGGAAGCGAAGGAGAAGGAGCGGUUAGAUGCACAAGGAGGACUGGUGAGGGAACUGCAGGUCUUACUGGAGAAGGAACGCGAUCGCCGGGUGGAGGAAUUGCAUUCCCAAGCUGCGACGGAGAUGACAGAUGGAGAGGGUGUGAAUGUGCCAGUGGAGGAACAGAAGAUCACAGAGGAGUAUGCGAGGAAGAUUGAGGAGGUUCGGAACAUGGGCGUCGCGGCGGGGACGGUGGGCGAGGAGGGCAAACGGAGGAAUGUCCCGGAUUGGUGUAUUGAUGAUAUUACAUUCUCGGUCAUGGUCGACCCUGUAGUUACCAAGACAGGCCAGUCCUAUGACCGCAGCUCCCUCAUGGAACACCUGAAGCGCACUCCGACGGACCCGCUGACCCGCGAACCUUUAAGAAUGGAGGAUCUCAGACCGAACCUCGCAUUAAAGGAGGCAUGCGAUGAGUUCUUGGAACAGAAUGGGUGGGCUGUCGAUUGGUAGUCCGUUGCGGGCAGCGGAUGGAAGAGGAUGAGAUCUAUGCAUUGCGCGGCGUCUGGUAGAUAUCAUUCAGAGCGUGAUUUUCAGCGCCAUUUUCAGCGCCAUAUGAAUUAGGAGAUAUCACGGCGCUGUAGCAGAGAUAUGAUUAUAGCGUGAUGAUUUAAGAUAUUUCAAUAUACUGAGGUUCACGAUCAGAACCGAGAUUUAAG